AUGGCCACCACCGCUCCCCUGGACCGCGAUGCUGAGACAGCACGCCCAGCAUCCCUCCCGUCCGACGACGCAAACGAAAAGUCGGGUGUUGCGGUCAACACAUUGACCGCUGACCAAAGCGAUGACGAAGACACCAGAAAGACUCAGGUGCCCUGGACUUGGAAGUUUGCGUCCAUAGCCUUGGUUACGGCGAUUGGUUUCGGGUCCCAAUGGAGUUCCGGCAUCUCAGGAGCCAUGAAGAGCACCAUCAAAAAGGAGCUGGGCAUCAGCAACACCCAAUUUUCCCUGCUUGAGGCCAGCGAAGACUUCAUGGUUACGGCCCUGAUGCUUCUCAGUGGAAUUGUGACGGAUAGGAUCGGUGGUGCUGGAGCCAUGUUGUAUGGCAACUUCAUCUACUCUGCCGGUUCGAUUCUCGUCGCAGCGGCCGCCCAAACACGAUCCUACAAGUUUAUGGUUGCCGGUCGAGUCGUUCGCGCCUUGGGAGACAUCGCCACGCAGGUCGCACAGUACAAGGUCUUCUCAUCCUGGUUUGCUCCGAGCAACGGUUUCGCCUCCACGCUUGGUUUUGAGUUGGGCAUCGGCAAGAUCGGUGCAUUUGCCGGAAAGUCAUCUGCAAACAUUAUCGCGAAGCGAACAGGGAACUUUGCCUGGGUUUUCUGGGUGGCGGUGUUCAUGAACCUAUUUACGAAUGUCGUCACUGUGUUCUUUUACUGGUUCACGAAAGUGGCCCACAAGAAGUUCCAAGGUGUCCGCGAUCCAGCCACAGGAGAGCAGCUCACUGAAAAGUCCAAGAAGUUCCAGUUGCGCAAGGUUUUGGAACUGCCGUGGUCGUUUUGGGCUGUUAUGGCCUUUUCCCUCUUCGAAACUAGCACUGCUAUUGUGUUCUUGCAGAAUGCCACAGAGCUGGCUGAGCAGCGAUUCGGCACCAGCUCUAUCACUGCUGGAUGGUACAGCGCGACGCUUCAAUAUGCUGUCCGCAUCGUGACCGGAGCAAUCCAAGACGCGGACAACAAUUCCUAUGACAAGGUUACUAUUGUCUAUGUCGUCUUAGCGGGAAUCUCAGUUGUUGUGUCUAUUGGCUUGUUCUUGCUGGCUCUCAAGUUCACAGAUCUUGGACAUCUUCAGUGGUCGCGCAAGGUCCGCAUUGCUCGAGGAGAAAUCUUGAACGAACAGAAGCGGAAGUUCCACGAAGAGGAUGGCCACAGGAACAGGGUGAUCUCCAUGGCUUGUUUCGUUGCGCUGAUCGCGCUGAUCCUGGGCAGCUGGUGCGGGUACUUCUGGGGUGUUGCGACUGGAAACAACGACUAA